AUGGCAAAAAAGGGAAAAAAUGGAAAAAGGAAAAAAAGAAACAAAGAGCUGGGGACGAUUGGAGAAAAGGCCCGCGGAUGGCGGAUGGCGGAUGGCUGGUGGCUCGAAGAGACCUGGGGAGACCUGGAGGAUGAGAUUGGAGAACUGGGGGAAGACUGGGGAAACGGAGGCCAGGGGGAGGAGAGGGGUGACGAUGGCGAUGGCGAUGGCGAUGGCGAUGGCGAUGGGGACGGAUGCACACAGAUCAGAAUCAGACAAGACACACGGACACAAGCAACGCGAGCGCGAGAAAAAAAAAGAGAGAGAGAGAGCAAAAACUUAGCGCGAGAUAGCACUCGAGAACGCUUGAGCAAGCCGGGAGUCGCAGCGGCCAGUCCUUAG